UUCUGGCCCCCACAAGCGGACCCUGCGUCUGGAUAGUCAACAGUGUGAUCCCCCCCUCCGCCGCCGCUACUGCCAUGUCCGCCGCCGCUCGAGGUCUCAAGUCCGUCUCCCGCGCCGCCCUCUCCUGGAAGCCGACGGGCCUGGCGCAGCAAACGCUGGCGGCGGCGGUGAGUAGGUCGGGUGUGGGGCUCCACUCAGGCAAGACCACUACCGCCACGCUGCUCCCUGCGCGCGCCGGCGAGGGCAGGUACUUCGUCGUCGAGGGGGAGGAUACGAGGGUGGCGGCGGAGGUGGGGAAUGCCGAGGGGCAGUCCCCGCUCUGCACCACGCUGCGGAGCGAAUGCGGCGUUGCGCGGGUGCGCACGGUGGAGCACCUGCUCUCGGCGAUGGAGGCCCUCGCCGUCGACAACUGCCGCGUCGAGGUCAGCAGCGGCGACGAGAUUCCUUUGCUUGAUGGAUCAGCGCAAGAGUGGGUAGAGGCCAUACGGGCCGCAGGUUUGUGUGCGGCCGAGGAUGUCAGUGGACAAAACUUGGAGAAAAUGGCGCCCAAAAUUGACCAGCCUGUUUACUUGCGGAAGGAUGAUUGCUUUGUAGCUGCAUUCCCUUCCUUGCAAAUCCACAUUACCUAUGGAAUUGAUUUUCCGAAGGUACCGCCAAUCGGUUCUCAAUGGUUCAAUACUUUCCUGGAUGAUGAUAUAUACUCGACCAAGAUAGCUCCUGCAAGAACUUUCUGUAUAUUUGAAGAGGUGGAAAAAAUGCGUAGUGCUGGGCUUAUAAAAGGAGGAUCACUAGAAAAUGCUGUGGUUUGCAGUAUGACUGAUGGUUGGCUAAAUCCACCACUGCGUUUUGAGGAUGAACCUUGCCGCCACAAGAUUUUAGAUCUUAUAGGUGAUUUCUCACUUCUUGCACGGAAUGGCAGCCAGGGUUUUCCUAUUGCUCAUGUUGUUGCUUACAAGGCUGGCCAUGCCCUGCACACCAAGUUUCUGCAUCAUUUAUUGGGAAAGAUCACUGCGGACCAAUGAUUGCUUGGUUAGAAGUGUUGAAGCCUAUGGUGGGUGCUGUUUAUAUAUUGGUGAUAGUGGAACUCGAGGAAAAGAUAGUGAUAUGGACUAUGGAAGCUUAUCUCAGGAUAAUCAUCAUCCGAUGGCCCUCAUCCCAACUCACGGACAAGUGCCAUCCUCCAUGUCUGUAUUUUCCAUAACUUUGGCAGGAAAUUUCCUUAGUUUCAUAAACUACAGUAUUAUCCCUUUGAGAAAAUUAGUUCGAGGAAUUAGAUUUGUAGUCCACUUAUUACAGUUGUAACUACCACUGCAUGGUUAAAAUCUGCCGAUUCUGCAGAGUGCAGAGAAAUAUGGGUCCCUGUAUCCUGUAUGUGCCCAAUUAACUGAACUGAACAUAGCUCGUCCUGAACUUGUCUC